UGCUGCUGCUGCUGCCGCUGCUCGACGCGGGAGACGCCGGCAUAGAAGUUGUGGUUGGAGCCCUGCGGAGAGCCUCGAGCGCCCAGCCUCGCCUCGGGAGCCCCGGCUGCCCUGCCACCUGCUGUCACCACACGUGUGGAGCCAUGAGCCCUGUCCUGGGCACUGUCAUCCCCCUGGGGCUGGUGUUGUUGGUCUGCGGAGCCCAGGGUUACCUGCUGCCCAAUGUCACCCGCCUGGAGGAGCUGCUCAGCAGAUACCGCGCCGAGCCACACUCCCGGGUGCGGAGGGCCAUCCCCCGGGAGGACAGGGAGGAGAUUCUCAUGCUGCACAACAAGCUGCGUGGCCAGGUGCACCCCCCAGCCUCCAACAUGGAGCACAUGACCUGGGAUGAAGAGCUGGAGAAGUCUGCGGCGGCCUGGGCCCAGGAGUGCAUCUGGGAGCACGGACCCACCGGGCUGCUGGUGUCCAUCGGGCAGAACCUGGCCGUCCACUGGGGAAGGUACCGCUCCCCCGGGUUCCACGUGCAGUCCUGGUAUGAUGAGGUGAAGGACUACACCUACCCCUACCCCCACGAGUGCAACCCCUGGUGUCCGGAGAGGUGCUCGGGCGCCAUGUGCACACACUACACACAGAUAGUUUGGGCCACCACCAACAAAGUUGGCUGUGCCGUGAACACCUGCCGGAGGAUGACUGUCUGGGGAGACGUUUGGGAGAACGCGGUCUACCUCGUCUGCAAUUACUCUCCGAAGGGGAACUGGAUCGGAGAAGCCCCCUACAAAACUGGCCGGCCCUGCUCCCAGUGCCCGCCCAGCUAUGGAGGCGGCUGCAGGAACAACUUGUGUUACCGAGAAGAGACCUACCACCAUAAACCUGAAACCGACGAGAUGAACGAGGUGGAAACGGCUCCCAUUCCUGAAGAAAAACACGUCUGGGUCCAGCCGAGGGUGGUCAGGCCCACCAAGCCCAAGAAAACCUCGGCGGUCAGCUACAUGACCCAAGUCAUCAGAUGUGACACCAAGAUGAAGGACAAGUGCAAAGGCUCCACCUGCAACAGGUAUCAGUGCCCAGCAGGCUGUCUGAACAACAAGGCAAAGAUUUUCGGGACCCUGUUUUAUGAAAGUGCCUCCAGCAUAUGCCGGGCCGCCAUCCACUACGGGAUCCUUGAUGACCAAGGGGGCCUGGUGGACAUCACCAGAAACGGGAAGGUCCCCUUCUUUGUGAAAUCUAACAGAAACGGCAUUGAGUCUUCCAGCAAAUACAAGCCUUCCAGCUCAUUCAUGGUAUCAAAAGUAAAAGUGCAGGACUUGGACUGCUACACCACUGUUGCUCAGCUCUGCCCAUUUGAAAAGCCAGCAACCCACUGCCCAAGAGUUCACUGUCCAGCCUACUGUAAAGACGAACCUGCCUACUGGGCUCCUGUGUUUGGAACCAACAUCUACGCAGAUACCUCAAGCAUCUGUAAGACGGCCGUGCACGCCGGUGUCCUCAGGGACGAGAGCGGGGGCUACGUGGACGUGAUGCCUGUCGAUAAAAAGAAGACCUACGUGGGCUCUCUAAGGAAUGGAGUCCAGUCUGAAAGCUUGGGGAGUCCUCGGGAUGGAAAGGCCUUCCGGAUCUUUGCUGUCAGGCAGUGAAUUCGCAGCACCAGGGGAGAAAGGGUGUCUUCAAGAGGGCUUCGGGGUUUUGCUUUUAAUUUUGUCAUUAGGGGGAGGGACACAUGGCAAGUCGGGAAACUUCCUUUGAGUGGCACUCGGCAUCAUCCCUUUGUGGUGAGGGUGAUGUCUAUCCCCCCACCACGGACAAACAGCAUCUUCAGGACCUUGGCCGGACAGCUGGUGUCCAGUCCUGCGGAGGCCUGUGGUCUCCCUCCGGGUGGCCUCUCUCCUUUAGGGAUCUGACCCAUCUCUUAAAGGGGACAGUUGCCCGAGAUGACUAUUGCCAUGUGCUCCUUUGUAGGUGGUGGGAGAGGGUUCCAAUGCCCUCCCCAGGUGUUAAGGUGCAUGAGAAGAGGUAUGUGGAAAAGUGCGGGGGGUUUUCAGGAUCAGAGUAGAGGGGAGUUAUUUAAAAAUUUAAAAAAACACAGUCCGUCCCUACCAAUAGAGAAAAAUGGGGUUAAUGUUUGCUGGUCAGACAAAUGGGCUGGAUGAGGGUAUAGGAGACCCCAGCUCUGCCCUGACACAUGUCCUUGCUGGUGUCCUGCUGUGGGUCCCAUUUUGGUGGCCACGUGCAGGCUGGUCAUAUAUACAGCAGUGCUGGUUUAUUUAGAGUUCAGCGGUAACUCCAGAGAUUUAUCUUGUCUUUGUCAUUCCCUUUGUCUGAGUGGCCCGUCUAUUUUCUGCAGUGACCUUUGGUCCCAUUGAGGACCAAUGAAUCAGGAUCCUUCCUUUACCCCCUACCCAUUGUGGCUCCCACCCCACUCCAGAAUGAUCUGUGUGUCCUACUUCACACCCGGGACUUUGCUUUGCAAGUGGUCCUGUUUGAAACCCACUUUUUCUUAACUCCUGAUCUCUUAAGGCUCCAUCGAGGCAUUGGAGAACAGCCAGAGAAGGGCAGCUUUGCUGCUGCUUUUUAAAAAUGACGAUUAAAUGUGCAGAUUCCCCAUGUGUCGGCUGACCUAUUUUUUAGCAGUGGGAGGAAUGGAUUCCUUGGUACAUUCCUUACCGAGGUUAGCGGCUCAGUUUGUGGUUAUGAAACCGUCCUGCAGCGUAAUAACAGUGAGAGAGGGUAAUACACUGGGAGGGUUUCUUUUCCUGUUUUUGUGGAACAACGCUUGCCAGACGUUCCUCCAGCUCUGGGGAGUGCAGUGCAUUCUGGCUGCCAUCACUUUAUAAAAGUCCUUCCUAAGCCCAGACCCAGAGAGCCCACAGUGAAAUGAAAUACCCUUUUGUAAACAGCAUUUCUUUGCAGAAGGUGAAAAUACUACCCUCCAGCACCAGAUGAGCCAGUAUAUCACUUUUGAGAAUGCUCAUUUCGGGUUUGGAUUCAUUCUCCGUCAAAAUAUUUCUUAGGCAAAAGAAGUAGCAGAAAGAAAAAAAAAUUAAGAUUCUGUUGGCUGGAAAAGGAUACCUGAGAGGUGCCUCCUUCCUUAACGCAGAAUCUGAAGUUAAAUAGCUUUUAAAAAAA